AAAUAUGACACGGGCAAACAGUGAGAGUUCCGGAUCUCUUUAGCAUCUCUCUUUCCCAAAACGCGCGAGAGUCGAGGUGGCUGCCACUCAGGCUCAGCUGUGCAGUAAUCUCCGAUUACAUUUGCAGGAAUCCAGUGCAGUGCGCCUCACAUGUUACGCUAACCUCUCCCGAACCCAAGCAAAACCCAUGGCCGCCGCAAUCCACUGCUCCUCCGCCCUCCACUCCCUAAAACCGCCGCAGCUUCCUGCUCAGCUCUCUAGCCUCAGACCCUCUCUCCUCUCCGCCAACAAACACCCAAACCGGAGGAAGAACAAUAACCUCUCCGGAUACAGACUCUGCAGAGCGGAGUUCUCAAACGACGCGCCGUUCGCCGCCGCCAUCGGCGCCUGCAUGCUCUCGUCCCUGGUGCUUCCUGUCAGCACUCCCGACGACGAUGACAGUGGGGGUUCGCUGAUGGAUUCCACCGACGCCAGGUUUGCCGUCAUGGGCAUCGUCAGCUUCAUUCCCUACUUCAAUUGGCUGAGUUGGAUUUUUGCUUGGCUGGAUACCGGAAAACGGCGGUAUGCGGUGUAUGCGCUUGUGUACUUGGCUCCCUACCUGAGGACGAAUUUGUCGCUGUCGCCUGAGGAGAGCUGGCUGCCUGUUGCUAGCAUCGUUUUCUGCAUUAUUCAUGUCCAGCUGGAAGCAAGUAUUAAAAAUGGGGAUCUUCAGGGCUUUCAAUUCUUUAAUGAGGCUGCAAAGCAUCUCUCGUCAACUGCUAGAAGGAAAGAUCGUCAGAGUGGGUAUCAAGGAACCUCCGAGGAGGGGACGAAGAAGGAAAAUAAGAACCUUCCAUCCAGUGAAGAACAAUCGAGAAACGGGAUUGAUGAUUGGGGAGCUCCCAAGAGGCCCUUACAAGAUCGUGAGCGUGCCAAUGUCGAUUGGGAAGAAAAUGAAAGGAGGAAACACUAGAAGGUCAGAGUUGGAUGCAAGCAAUUUCUAUUUUAAAACGCAGCCGUAGCACCCAGACAAAGUACCAUGAAGACAACCGUGACUGCAGACUCAACGCAUGAGGAAGAGUCGAGAGAGAUAGAGAGAUACCAUACACAGAAGGUAGUCCGAUAUCAGUAGCUGCACACUGAUAUGAAUUAGAACAUGAUGGUAACGAUGAAUUCACAUGUAGAGUGUAGAAUCCAUUUCGACACCAUUGAUACGAAUUUGUUUAUCGAUUAAGUUAUUUGUUAUUACCUCCUGAAAUAAAGCUCAAAAUAUCUUAUU